AUGCCUGUCCCGCUCGCACUCGCUCUGCCGGCUGCAGCCGCAGCUUAUUCGUACAUCAAUGCUCGCCUUUCUUUGUGGUACGACAGAAAGCUGCUUUCAUGUGCGCUACCCGCAACCCUUUCGGCUCUGUGGCGCGAGCGAACGGACCGGUUGAACCAGUUUUACGUCCUCGAACAAGCGGCACAGAACAAAUCGUCUGCCAAUCGCACGUUCAUCAUCUUCGAGGGCAAAACAUACACCUACCGCGAGACUUAUGAGCAAGUCCUGAAAUAUGGCACCUGGUUGAGGGAACACCACGGCGUCAAGCCCAAGGACGUUGUCGCCAUCAACUUCCAGAACUCUGACGUUUUCGUUUUCCUAUGGCUCGGCUUGUGGUCCAUUGGCGCGAAGCCAGCCUUCAUCAACUACAAUUUGACUGGCAAACCGCUAGCUCACUGCGCCAAGGCCGCGAAGACGAAACUGAUGCUGAUUGACCCCAACGUCGCCGCCAAUGUCACUGAAGAUGUGAGGAGCGAGCUGAGCACCGUGGAGUUCGUGGUGCUCGAUGAGAGCUUGCACAGAGAAAUCGACACCGUUAAGCCCAGGCGUGCUCCCGACUCUGAUCGGUCAGAGAGCCAGUAUCAGAAUCUGGCGAUCCUGAUUUACACAUCAGGAACAACGGGCAUGCCCAAACCCGCCAUUGUGUCCUGGGCGAAAUGCAUCGUCGGUGGUGUUUUCACAUCAAGAUUCACCAGCAACUCUCCCAAUGACGUCUUCUACACUUCUAUGCCGUUGUAUCACAGCUCCGCGGCCCUGCUAGGAUUCGGUAAUACCCUCGAGGCGGGUGGUACGAUUUGCAUAGGAAGGAAGUUCUCGACCAAGGUUUUCUGGGAGGAGGUUCGCUCCUCCAAGGCCACCAUCAUCCAGUACGUUGGCGAGACCUGCAGGUACUUGCUUGCAGCUGCCCCACAAGUCGACCCCGUCACCGGUGAAAGUCUCGACAAGAAGCACAAUGUUCGGGUAGCUUUUGGCAAUGGCCUGCGACCGGACGUGUGGAACAGGUUCAAGGAGAGGUUCGGCAUCGACACCAUUGCCGAAUUCUACGCCGCCACCGAAGGCUCAUUUGGAACCUGGAACUUGAGCCGAAACGACUUUGCCAAGGGCGCUGUUGGACGAAACGGCACCCUGUACAGCGUCGUCAUGGGCCUCGACGUUGCCCUCGCCGAGAUGGAUGAGAAUAACGAGGAGCCUUGGAGGGACAGGAAGACGGGUCUGUGCAGGCCUGCCAAGGCUGGUGAGCCAGGAGAGCUCAUGUUCAGACUCUCGCCCGACGACCUCAACCGCCGCUUCCAGGGUUACUACGGCAAUCCAGACGCAACAAAGGCAAAGGUCUUGCGGAGCGUCUUCAAAAAGGGAGAUGCCUGGUUCAGGACGGGCGACGUGGUCCGCUGGGACAGCGAAGGAAGGCUCUACUUCACCGACCGUAUUGGCGAUACGUUCCGCUGGAAGAGUGAAAACGUGUCGACACAAGAGGUUGGCGAGGCCGUUGGCUCACACCCAUUGGUACAAGAGGCAAACGUCUACGGUGUUGAGCUGCCCAACCACGACGGACGCGCAGGGUGUGCUGCCGUUGUCCUUCAGGGCCAACCAUCCGAGGAGGUGCUGAGGAGCAUUGCGCAGCACGUGAAGCAGUCACUACCCAAGUAUGCUUUGCCCAUCUUCCUGCGAGUCAUGCCUCCCGAGGCUAUGCAAACGACGGGUACGAACAAGCAGCAGAAGCACGGUCUCCGAUCCCAGGGUGUCAGGCCGGGCGGCACGGACGCCGCUGGCGAAGUGUAUUGGUUGAAGAACAACACCUACGAGCCUUUCUCUGGGCGGGAUUGGGAUGAACUCAACGGUGGACGAGUGAAGCUGUAG